UUUCCUCCCCCAAACCAAGUGCUAUGGAGAUGAAGCCAGAGAUAAUUGCAUCCGAUAUUGGACAGUCUGUCACUGCACAACCUGAUGAGGUUUUUCUUAACCCUCCAACACCGUCUGAUAUGGAGACUCACAUUUCCUUUGAGCCGGAGCUCUCAGACUCAGAUUGGUUUGCUGGAGAUAACGAAACACUGGCACCCAUGGAAACAUGGACCACACAAAUGGACAUUUUGGAUACUUCUUCUGUGGUCGGGAAGAAUAGACUAUUGUUUUAUUGGUUUGAUGCCUACGAAGACAGUCGUCACCAAGCAGGUGUUGUGUAUCUCUUCGGGAAAGUUGGAGCCCCCAAUUGCUCCGUAACGCACAACACUUGUUGCCUUCGCAUCAAGGACUUGGAAAGACGCGUCUAUCUUCUUCCUCGCCCAGAACUGGUUGAUUCUGAUCCGAAUUUCAGCAUGAAGGAUGUCUAUGCAGAAUUCCGCGACAUUAGCGUGGAGCGAAAAAUCGGCAAGUUUCGGUGCAAGCCAUCCACAAAGCGUUACGCUUUUGAGCUACCCGACGUUCCCAUUGAGACAGAAUAUCUAGAAGUUCGCUACUCUGCUGCCUUUCCAUCACUGCCGUCGGAUUUGCAAGGGAAAACCUUCUCUAGAAUUUUCGGAACUAACACUUCUUUUCUGGAAAAUCUCAUCCUCGAUCUCCAGCUACGCGGCCCAUGUUGGCUGGUUGUAGACAGCGCAACUCCGGUGCAACCGCAAUUUAGCUGGUGCAAUUCCGAUUAUGAGGUUAGUUGGCGAUGCGAUGCGCAGUGUCCCUUGAGCAAAUUAAGCACACUUGUCGAGCGCGCUUCGGCUGACCGCGGCGAUUCGAACAAGACCAUUCCAUCACUCCCUCCGUCUCCACCCCUAUGUCUCGUGGCUAUCAACAUCAAGGCAGUCACGCAGCCGCAAGCGAAUCACUCAGAGAUUAUUUCUAUUGGGUUAUUAAUCGACCACACAUAUUCCUUGGAUCGUCCGCUUGGAAGGAGCAUGUUUCAAUCCCACUAUCUCGUUUUAGGAUGCCCCAAGGAUGCUGCCCUUCCAUAUGAUUUGCGCACCAAAUUGCCCAACUUCGGUGAACAAUACGCUCCUCCAGCUCCCAACUGGCCUAAUAACCAACCCAGUUCGGAUGAUGAAAACCAUUCUGCUCAGGUUCGCGGAGGUGCACGACGCAUCGUGUCAGGCAGCGUUGGUGGAAUUGAUGUGGAACCCAAUGAACGGGCGUUAUUGGCUAGAUUCCUCACCCGGUUGCACAGAUUGGAUCCGGACUUGCUCGUCGGUCACGAUCUGUGGGGUCAUCAAAUCGAACUGCUUAUCCAACGACUGAUUGCCAACAAAGUACCGCAUUGGCAUCGUGUAGGCCGCUUACGUCGAUCGGCCCAGUUUGUGACGAAUGCCAACAGCCGAACCUGGCUUAUUCGCAACGCCAUCCCUGGCCGCUUGGUAUGUGACACGCUUAUAUCUGCUCGUGAGCUGGUUCGUUCACGAACAUACAAUCUAAGCGAUUUGGCCGGUCAGGUGCUCGCUGGCUCCACCGGAUCUUCGGCAGCACGUCGCAAAAUUCCAGAACCUCUGCUGCGUUUCCUACACAAGACCACCGGUGUUUCGAACGACGAUCUACUGGGCUUCGAUCUGACUGAUUUUGACAUCGAUUCUGCUGAUCUGCGGUGUCUUUUUACGUCAUCGGAAUUAGUGAAACAGUUGAUUGAUUUUUGUCUCUCCGACGCCCACAUUGCACUCCGACUUGCACAUCAACUUCAAGGCUCCUACUUUCCCACUGACCUCACCUCGGCACCUGCAGUCUACAGCCAGGCGAUGGACAAUUCCGCAUGGUAA